AUGCAGACAGAAAAAAAUAUAACCAAUAUACCACCAGAGGAGGAGAAGGUAGGCGAGCUUAGCUCGCCUGCAGUUGUUUUAGCAGAGGGCCCGAGUGGCUCUGGUGCCCGUGGGGAGGCGCUGGACUCGUCCGGCAAGUCCCACACACGGGCCCCAAGUCGGAAGGGAUCGGACUCGGAGUCCGACUCCUCAUCCGUGUCUGGCGUGAGCGUGAUUUUAAAGCGCCAGACAAGGUCUACCUUUAAACGUCCCAGGAUGGAAGAAGGUCUGGGUCUGUCCUCGUCCUCCAACGCGCUGGAGGCCCCGGCCCCCCCUAAAAUCCCUACGGCUGCGCGGGGUGGAGGCAGGGGGAAGGCCAAGAGGCGGGCAGCCACUGCCCGGUCCAAGCCGGCUGAGUGUCCGGCUGCGGCGGAUAGCACCCUGAAAAGUGCAGCUCAGUCAGACUCCUCCGUGAUGGAGGUUUUGGACGUGGAGGGGUCAAAAGGUGCGCGCCUUUCUGAGACGCUACGCCAAGCCGUCAGGGAGGGGCUCCGGCUGGUAGCGGGGAAGAAAACCCAGUCCGCGAGAGCCGCUCAGUUAAAGUUGGUGGAGGCCGAAAUUAUGGCGGCGGCCUUCGAUGUAUGCAGAAUUCCCUCAGCGGGAAAAGUCCAUCAGGAGUUGGCCGAAAUGCGGCGAGAGCUGGCUCGCCUGUCGGUCUCGAAUGCCGCUCUGGAGGCCGAGCUUCGGUCCACCAAGGCUGAGCUUGCCGCUUGCCGUAGAAGCCAACUCCAACCUCCAGCGCAACCUCAGGCGGAGCCCGAUGUGCUCGGGCUGUUGCGCAGGGAGAUGACUGCUUUCCAGCAGCGCUAUGACGUGCUGGAAAGCAGGCUCCUCCGUCCCCCUCUAGCGGCCUCGAGCACGUACGCGGCGGUUGCAGCUAGGCCGUCGUCCUCUUCAGGGCAGACUGGCCGCGGCGCUCAACCGCCGGCUAGAACAAGAGCGGCUCUUCCAGCGAGGGCCCCAGCGCCCCCUCCGACGCAGGGCCCAGCUGUACAGACGACGGAUGCAUCAGCGGGACGCAAAAAAAGGAGAAGGGGCGCAGCGGCUCAGCAGAUAGCCCCAGCCACAGGCGUGCCUACCCCAACAGCAAGGGGUAGUGAGUGGCAAGUAGUAGGCGAGGCGAGGAGGGUCGCCAAAGAAGCAAGGAAGCGCCGCAAGAAAGAGCAGCGGCAGCGGCGGCAGCAACAGCGCAGAGAAAAAGUGGCACAAUGUAAGGCAGCGAUAGAGCGCGACGCGACGCCGGCGCCGACAAGCGAUUCACAAAUCACGGUGAAGUAG